UAGAAAUAUGUUUGCCUCCCUAAACUUGAGUAGCCGACUAUGGCUCCGUAAUACUUUUUAUGUAAAUUUUAGAAGUACAAGUUCAUUGCAAGCCAGGUAAAAUGACUUUCUGAAAAUCAUGACGUUUGGUAAAAGCUGGAUAAUUCAGAAAAUAAAAAUAUGUAUAUAUUUAAAGCAUAGUUCUUCUUAACAUUGAGUUUAACCUUUUUCAUUGUACUUUGUUCUCAUCAAUAUGUUGGCCGUACUCCACAUACCAAAGGAGUCUCGCUGUUGCGUCCUCAGAGGAGACUGAUGGUUUCCCAGUGUAGGAACUAAAUAUAGAUAUCUUUACUUAAAAUGAAGGACAUUCGUGUAAGUGUGGCUCGACAGUAGACAUCUUAGUGAAUGCAAGACUGGUAGAGAGCGUUAAACCAGCACUUCCUGUUCAUUUAGACUGCACUUGGCAGUCCUGUCUGAUCCGUCAGAAAUGUGUCGUUACAGAGUUAAAUAUAGUUAAACCAAAACCUUGUUCAUUAACUAAGUCAAUGAAAUGUAGUUAAUUUUUACUGUUAACUCAUUCUUAAAUGAAUGUACGUUUUGCAUUAAAGUAUUAAUUUGUGUUAGUGAAUGAAUACUUUCAUGCGAUACUUCAGCCUGUUUUAGCACCACCUAUUUCGUUGUAGGAAUUUUAUUAAUAUAUGAUUCAGAUGGAUAUGCACGGCUCUGUAGUAGCCAGUGCUUUUAAGAUUAUCAGUUGGGACUGAACUUAUUGAUAUAUUUGAAUAUGUGAAACACUUGCAAAAUGCAAUGGAAAAAGUCUCGUAAAGUGCACUUUGUUAUUGGGUCUUCUCAUCGAAGUCUUCUUAUACGUCAUUUCCGUUUCUUUUCACCAGGUGACUCAUCCAAUGAUGUUACCAGGGUAACCACGCCUCUGCAAUCACGUGACCAAGACAGUCUGAAUAGUGAAUCACCUGUUUCGCCGUCGUCUUGUGACCGCGAAGAAAGUGAAGCAGAAAAGAACUCCCAAUACAGCGAUUAUGUAGAAGAAAGGACUGCCAGUGAUACGUCUAACUGCAUUCCUAACUUUCAGUUAUUCAAUCCGCUUGAUAGAGUGGACGGAAACUUUUCAUUUCAAGAAAUUCAAAAUGGUGGACAGUUUUUGGAUGCUUCUGGUUGUUUUAGUAAUGGAUUGUGGGUCCCCGGACCUCAGCACCUACCACAACCUGCCUAUUAUCCAUCCGAAUGUUUCAUGACUUACCCUUCUGAUUCUUGGACAUUUCCUUUAUCAUGCUACAGACCAAAUCAUCCAUCAGAGAGCUCUGUGUAUCCAGGACCAGGUCAGCUAUAUUUGUAUUAUUUCCAACGACAAAAACCUAACUGUCGUUUCCAAAAGACCUACAGAAUUAAUAAAAGACAGGCUGACAACACUCCCUACUGGAAAAGCAUGCAUUAUCAUCCUUUAUAUUCUCAACCUCAUUGGCAUCCACAAUCUAAUGAUGACGUUUCAUGGCAAGGGACAGUGCCAUCUGGUGACUUGGCUGAGGACCAAUCAAUAGCAAGACCAACUCUAAUGUAUUUAUAUCCUGGUAAUUUUUUUGGACCUGCUGCUUACCCAACACGUCAAGACACUUUCCAUUCGUCUGGGUUUUUAUCGUAUCCAGCCAAUCCUGGCCCAGAUCUCAGCAGGACAAAACGUCGCAGAAGGAAAAGAAAGCCUCGAGAAAAGGCAACUGAAACAAUGAAAAAUGAAACAACACAAGAAAACGCAAAUACAGCUGUCCACAAAGAAAAGGAUGAUGCAUCUGAUGAUUUAAGGCAUGUACUGCCCACCAGCACUGAAGAGGUCCACAAAGAAAAGGACGAUGCAUCUGAUGAUUUAAGACAUGUACUGCCCAUCAGCUCUGAAGAGGUCCACAAAGAAAAGGACGAUGCGUCUGAUGAUUUAAGACAUGAACUGCUCACCAGUUCUGAAGAAAGAAAAGAAACAACCCCAUGUUUCACCAUAGAAAAAGCACAGGAUAAAGAUACAGGACAAACACAAAAUGAUGUUUUGACCAUACUUGACUCAAAUGAUUCAAAACAUGAAUCAGUAGAAGCAGAAUUGAAAGAAGAAGAAUAUCAAGAUGUUGUGUCUAAAGAAAAGUUAAAAACAAUUUCCCACGAUCUUGUCCACAAUGCAUUUUGUGAAGCAGAAAAAGAAUUAUCUGGACAAUUACAUGAUCCUAAAAUUAUCGCUGAAUCUUUAUAUAAAGAUCUUAUUUGUGACCUUUACUCUUUCGAAAUUACAGCUAAUAUAACAAGCAACAUCCACAAGUCACUAUCAGAGGGAGAUCAUUCAGAAGCCCUUGAUAAUAACCGAACUAACGGAAGCUCACAUCCUAAUGCUGAUAAAGUGCCAACCAUCAUAUCUAACCUCAAGUGGUCCUCAGAAGUUGAUGCUGUGGAUUCAACUUUACAGAAGCACGAGCUAACAGCGCUAGCUAUGGGUGAACUUAAUACGGCAGAUAGUCUAUUGUUAGAUCCAGAAGGCAAUCCUAAAAACUUCUUUGAGGAAGGAGCCAGCAUGGUUGUUGACUCACAAGUAAAUACUGAUAUAUCUGUUAAUACUCCAGAAAACUCCACUGGAGCUGUGCCAGAUCAGUCUUGUGGGGAAACGAGAGUACACAGAAAGGGACAAAUUCUUAAAAUACCCGAAACUACCAACUGUUUUGAGGUUAGAAAGGAAAAACCAAACAGUGUGUUUGGCACUGCGUCUUGUAUAGAAAACGGAAGAGAAAAGGAUAUUCCUCAACAAUAUCUACAAAAUACGCAAAAUUUGGGAAAAGAAUUUGGAAAUUUAAAAUAUUCUUGGAGUUCUAAUAUAAAUACAACGUUCAGUCCCUUUGAUAAAGAAAAAAAACAAGAAACAAGUGAUCAUCCAAAGAAUAAAAAUAUGAUGAAUCAGGACUCGGCUUGGAAAGAAAGCGUGCAACAUCUUGAACAAAGCUAUCCUCCUGACAACUUGCAUGCUACCGAGAUUGCUGUGCAAAAUUAUGAGUCAGUUCGUAGUGAAGAUUUAGAACUUGAACAAACUGCUAAAAUAGUGGUAGAGAAAGCCAUCCAAAAGGCCGUGGAAAGCCUGAAACGCGAUAGUUCUUAUGUAAUCAGUGCAGAUUGCAACAAUUCUUUGUUUAAUAUAGAGAGCCUCGGAACAAGUACACAAAGUGAGACAAGAGAAACAGAAUCACCAAUGAAUGUUAGUGAGGAAAAAAUACCCCAUAUUGAGGGAUCAGUAUGUGAUAGAGGUACUAUAUCUUUAUCACAAGAAAGAGAUCAAGCAACAGACUUAACCUGUAGUAACCACUUUUUAGACAAAAGUGCACAAGAAUUUAUUCAAAAAACUGCAUAUCCUCACGCCGAUGACGAUAUUGAUUCUCAGGAAACUCAAAUACUAACGAAUGACGUAGACUUCUACAGCUCAGAAAGUUUAGAAGCAGCAAAUUUGGAAGUUCAAGCUGAAAAUUCACCUUUUAAGGAACAGUUAGUUUGGACUGAAGACGGCGACAUCAGUUUAGAAACAUUUACAUUCGACGGAUUAAGCGGAAAUCAUGACGAAUAUGGAUUAAGUGGAAAUUCACCAGAGAAUUACUCAAAUACAAAAGAGUUUUCUUCUACGUGCUUGACUCAGAUAACAAACUCAAACAGCACAAAUGAUGAUAGUGAUUUUCAUCACCAGGAGUCAUUUUAUGAUAUUGUUCCUUUAAAUUCUGAACUAACGUUUGUUGUUGAUCUUCGAGGUUACGUAAACGCAAAAACGCCCCCGUCAUCCCACAGUUUUGACAGUUCGGCGAAUAGUGACACAUCAAAUGUUGCAAGAGAGGACGAAAAAGAUUUAGAAAACUUUGAAAACAAGAAUGAUGUUUGGCAUAAUCAACCGUUGUCCGGAGAAAUUACAGACUUUUCAGAAUAUAAUAAAACUAAAGAAGAUCUUGUUGAAAACAGUUGGAACAUUCAAGCUAGCUUAGAAGAACAAGAUUCUGGACAAAGUCCAGUAGUUGAUAACAAGGCAAUUGAUCAGUUAAAAGAAGCAAAUACAGAAGACAACAAAAUUGAUAUAAAUGCUACUACUACCGACGAUCUUGAAAUGUUUAUGAACAAUCAGUUAAAGACAGACGAGACUGUAGAUAGAGUAUAUUCCUCGCACAAUAGUGGAGAUUAUGAUUUUUCUCAUGACCUUCAGAAAUGUACAGAACAGGAAAGCGAACUUUUUAACGAUACAUCCACCCUUCAGGAAUUAUCCUCAGAAGACUUGUUGGAAGAAAACCAAGAAGAAGAUGUAAAGGAUAAAGUGUCGGGGGAGCUUUUAUCGCCUAGUUACCUCGCUUAUCUUAGUCACUCCGAUAAUUUAAUACGAGAAACGGAAAUUGAACUAAACAAACUUCAUAAACUUACUAGCAGUAAAGCUUUUCAGAACAACCAAGCUAUUUAUAAGCUCGCUUUUGACGAAAGCCUUACUGAAUAUUCUGACAGCGAGGAACAAAAUAUUGAAGAAGCUAUCCAACGGGAACUCUCGGAUGCUGUGGUGAAAACUUCAGAUGCUGGAAACAAAACUGAAAGUGAAGUUCUUCCACGUGAUCAGUUUUCUAGAGAACGAUCAGAAAUUGUAGUCCACGAAAUGGACAGUGCCAGUGAAGCUGGCUCUGAAGACGUAGAACUUUUGCCCCAUCGAUAUGAAAGUCAAACGUCUGGACAAAAACAUAUUUAUGUUAAUAAACUAUCACUAGCCACAGAACUCCUUCGAACAAGAGAAACACUUCCUUAUGAUGAUGAAUUCAAACGGUUAACUGAUGAAGAAUACGAACCAAGAAACAAGCAGCCUUCAGUGCUUGAGAAGUACUAUGGUCAGAUGAAGAAAACUAACAAACAGAAUGCACUUUUUGUUGAAGGCCAAGGACACAGGUGUUCGAGAGUAAGCACUGCUGAUAGUGGUGUGCAGUCUGAAGAGUCAAGUGAUGAGCAUAACGAUGAAGCUAGAGAGCGACGAAUAGGAAGAAUAACGAAAAAGAAGGCAUUAUAUAUACAGGCCGGACAAGAGGAAAUUAAAGACCAGAAGAUUAGGCCUAGGGUAAGAGAAGGGUUUCCAUACGCUAACGUUUACAGACAAAGAGCAGCUUUACCGCCAGGGUGCGGCGUUUGUUGUGUGAUAAUGUAAGUUUAGAGAGUUUGGCUUUACAGGAAAAUGUUUGUUUUUUAAAUUGUAGAAUUUUCGUAUGUAUUAACACUGUAAAGAGAGACGUAUUACAGUUUUUAUAUUAAGCUGGGUAUUUGUAUAAUUUCAUAAUAAAUGGUUGAGUUUGUCAUGGAAUGUUUUCGAUCAAAAAUGUAAAUCGCUACUGAAUACUGAAAUUUCCAGAGAAAUCUUGCUAAACACUAGAGUUUGACUGUACUAAUCUAUUAAGACAGUGUUUUCCAAACUGUGCGGCGCGCCACCAUGUGGGGGAGAGGGGCGGCCACGAUUCGAGGAACUUUGUGCUAAAAAGCAAGGUCACACAUCACACUAAUGAAAGUAAGCAAUUGGUUUCACGAUUUUAAUAUUUUUUCUUGGAAAUAAAUUUUUCACACUUAAAAUUUUCUUGCUAAUACUUAAGCAAAAAUGAUUGAAGAGAGGCAAAAAAAUAUUGUAUUUGUUGUUAUUAUCACUUCUGGAAAAAAAAAUCAGUAUGAAGGGGUGGGGGAGCGAAAUAAAUAAUGCUGAGUUGGGGCGCCAUCAGAUAAAGAUUGGAAACCAAUGAAUUAAGAUUUUAAAAGUACUUACAAAUAUAUUGAUAGGUCAUUUGAACGGUAACAUGAUGUAUAACAAAACUGAAGGAUAUUUAAGGAACAACUUAAUACCUUGAACAAAUAGCCAUAUAUAUAUAAAUUCAUUUGUAUUCAGUCACCUGAUCAACGUAAUCACUUUCAUAUAGAAAAUUCUCAAUAGACAUAAGGCAGAUUUAAAAACAACAUAUUGUAUUGUAGACUGUACGUGCGAAAACUACUGGUAUCCAAAAUAUAACAGGAAUUUCAGUUAAUGUACAACAUUAUUUGUGUAGUUUGAACUUUUAUAGUCAUAUUUUAUUAUUAAAAUAUUUCCCUUUGAAAUCAUAAGUUAUUAAUAAACCAGGGCAAACUUUGAUUCACAAGUUAGAAACUGUUGAUCUCUUCUUUUUUUUUUUUUACUUUUUUCAGAACGAUAAGAACAUUCACAUAUGUACGUAUUAUUCAACUUUUGUCUGCCUUUAACAUUUAUGAACCCGUAAUG